UAGAAAAGAAACAAAUUAAAAAACAACAUUCUAGAAUAUUACAACUAAUUAGCAAUUUAGGUGUAUUAGCUCAAAGAGAUCGAGCCACUAAAAUUGCUAAAUCAGUACAUCAAAUUUUUAAAGAAAAAUAUAAAUGUCUUUAUCAUUCUGAUGAUAAUCCUACUUUGCAAUCUUUAAUGUAUAAACUUUCAAAUCAGACUUGGAUUAUCAAUUUUAAUUCUAAGAAUAAAGAAAAAGAAAAAUGA